CAUUCCACUCAUUCGUCCGCCGUCUGCCGUGCGUGCAUGUUGUCAAUAUGGGACGAACAUUGAGAUUUGCGAUUCUUUUGUUAAUAGCAGACAGCACUAUGGUCAAUUUUAGGGUGUUUGCAAGAGCGAUGUCGACUGUAGCGAAGAGCUUCGAGGCGAACGCCGUGGUGCCUGAUGUGGUGCCGAAAGCGCCCAGUGCUUUGAUCACGGUAAAAUACCCCAGCGGUGUGGAAGUCAAGGAGGGCAAUGUGCUGACUCCGACCAACGUGAAGGAUGUGCCCUCUGUCAGCUGGGAGGCCAGCGCUGAUAGCUUCUACACUCUGGCUAUGACUGACCCGGACGCGCCAUCGCGCAAAGAGCCCAAAUUCCGGGAAUGGCACCACUGGCUUGUAGGCAACAUUCCCGGACAGAACGUAGCGAGUGGUGAGACUCUGUCCGCGUACAUCGGUUCUGGACCUCCGGAGGGCACCGGGCUGCAUAGAUACGUGUUCCUCGUGUACAAGCAGCCGGGGAAACUGAGCUUCGAUGAACCGAGGUUGCCUAAUACUUCUGGCGACAAACGCGGAGGUUUCUCCAUUGCAAAAUUCGCGGAAAAGUACAAGCUCGGAGACCCGAUUGCUGGAAACUUCUAUCAAGCGGAAUAUGACGAUUAUGUUCCCAUUCUAUAUAAACAACUUGGAGCUUGAGCAUUUAAAAUGCUAUGUGCCUGUAAUAUCGUUGAUGAAAUUGGCGGUAGUUAGAUGUUAAGAUACCCUCUAAAUAUAUAGUUUAAAAGUA